UUUUUACCAGUCGCACUUAUCAGUCGAAAUUACGCUAAUUAUUUGAUACGAAUGAAAAGUUACAUGACAAAGUAUAAAGAGCAAGCGUACAGUUCAACUGUUUUUUUUUUCCGUCCUCUCCCUGCCUUCGAUAUCCCCUCCACUUUUCUCAUACACAGAUCAGACUUGUAGCAGCUAGUAAAGCUAGUUUAUUAAUUUAUUAGUAAGUGAAAAAUAAAACGAAUCUAAGCCAAGACGCGGUAAUUAAGUCGACGUGGCCAACAACGCGGGGCACCACGUGUCAAUGACGGUGCAGUGGACACACGCACGCACCAGUCUAAAAAUACACUCGCAGUCCGGUGAGACAGUACCGCUCGAUCGCGAGAACAUCGUGUCGAUCCAUAGGCCGAUCGGCCGAAGGUUCGCGGAAGCGAGAGGAUGGAUCUGACGCGUUAUCGAAAAAUCAUAAUCUACGUGCUGACAUUCCUCGCGUACGCUUGGUCCGGCUACGGUGCUGGACUGCUGACGAAUCUGCGGGAUGCCGUGCUGGCGGCGGAGACAGUCUUCCAGGACCUGUUCGCCAACGCCAUCACCGUGGCGAAGAAGAUCAAGGACAUACACGAAGUAUUCGACGCCGCCGUCGAGGAGAACUGCGUCUUCAAAUGUUCCGACGGAUCGACGCCAAAAGCAGACUGGAAUCAUAAACCGCAAAGUGAUGGAUGCGGUUCCCUCGGUAUCCAGGUGAACCAGGAAUACCUUCCGCUCACCGAAAUGACGAAAUGCUGUGACCUCCAUGACAUUUGCUAUGACACUUGUAACACGGACAAGGAGAAAUGCGAUAUAGAAUUCAAGAGAUGCCUCUACAGAUAUUGCGAUUCGUAUCAAACAACCGCCCUCAGCAUUGUUAAUACGUGUAAAGCCGCGGCCAAAGCCCUCUUCACGGGGACGACCGCACUGGGUUGCAAGAGCUUCCUGGACGCUCAGAAACAGGCCUGUUACUGCCCCGAUAAGUGGAGCAAAAACAAGAAACCGAAAAAGGCGGCCCAGGCCGGCGGAGAUUUAUAACGUUGGACGUACAAUAUAAAAAUAACAAUAUAAUUUAUAUAACAAAGCAUAUUAAAUAGAAUAGAAAGCAUCAACCCUGCUGAUAAACAAAAUCUCAGAUUAUUUUGUAAUGCGUUCGUUAUAGCAUAAUUUAUAAAAAACUUCAGAUUAAAUAUGAGAAAUGUAAAUUUUAUAAAGAAAAUGACAGCUAUUAUGCAUUUCUUGUAACUAUAAGCAUUAUAAUUGUAAUUAAAUUACUAAUUAAAAUAAUUGUAUUAGUAUAAACUAAUUGUAAUUACUAAUUAAAAUAAUUGUAUUAAAGAUAGAGAAGACAUAUACGCAG